CUACAUUCGGUGAUCCUGAAAUAUUGUCAUGCAAAUGCCUGGGACUGAAAUAAACCAUGGAAAGUGGCUCGAGCAAGUUGGGGCUAAGUAUAAAUUGCCGCAUUAGGAGUAGAUAUAGUAGACUGCAACUCGGUUUGAAAGGUUCUGCAAACAUAAAGGCCUCAAUCAUAAUGUUUUCAGGCUGACGCAUUCUGGCUCGACACACCGGAUCACCCUCAAUCACGAUUAUUAUCUCCAUGAAUAGAUGUACACCCCGAGACAUUACUUCCAGCGAACCCUUUCUUGCAGAUGCAGGAUCGGCUCCCAAAAUGCUGCGUGCAAUUUCUGCGCAUCUGCAGAAAAAAAAUCAAUCCAAGUUGCGCAUAUAAAUAUAAACACGGGAGAUAAAUGCGGAGCAUGACUCUCGGUAGAAAUAAGAGGGACUGCGGACUCAGGUGGUCCAGAUAUUGCGAAACCGCCGAAGGCUCGCAAUCGAGUCCCGUCUUCGAUGUCUGGAACUGUACCUAUCUAGUCUAACUACCGUAUAUCAUCGCCGCAUACGUGCAGGAACAUCAGUAUCCUGUCGUCCCUCGUUGUCACUAUCAGCCCUAUCGUUACAACACCGACUGGUGACAAUAGGACCAGUGGAGGAACACCGUGGCCUGACAGCCGGGAGGUCAGGACCAUUUCAGAGGUCAGAAUAUGGCGACCGCCGAGUGCGUGGUCCAGGUCCUGCUGAUGGUGUUUGCACUUUCCUGCAAAGCUGCCCAGUCCGGGGUCCUGGUCACCGACACGACGAUGUCCAGGAUGGUGGAGCUGAAUGCAGAUGCACCGUUCUGUGCACUUUAUACGGACAGAGGCGUCAUCCAGAAGAUGGUGCACGGAGCCGAGCCCACGAGGGUUCGCCAGAUGAACAGCAUCCUCGUGGCCGACCUCGAGGAGACCUGCAAAGCCUCUCGAGACAAAGGGAAGAACCAGGCUCCAGGCAGCGGACUGAUCUACCCUGGGACCAAAUGGUGCGGACCUGGGAACACGGCAAGGUCUUACGACGAGCUCGGGUACCACGUCAGGGAAGACGCCUGCUGCAGGGAGCACGAUCAUUGUCCAAAAAUUAUCGGGCCUUACCAGUGCAUCGAUGGGAUCUGCAACAAUUCCCCGUUUACGAGGUCUCACUGCGAGUGCGACACGAAGCUGAGAACUUGUCUGCAAAAUUUGAACACCCAGGUGGCGAACACCCUGGGAGCGCUCUUCUUCAACGUCAUCCAGAUCACCUGUUUCGAGGAGAGACGUCCCUGCUCCGAAUGGCAAAGAAAUGGAUAUGAGACUUCCGUGUCCAAUCGGUUGUGUGCCCAGUACAAGUUCCGGCCCAGCAUGAAAUACGUGCCACAGAUGCCUUUGAAUCACAUGAACCAUUAAACGAACUCGAGGUCCAGAAAUUCUGUGCAUCCGUUACAGCAAUGCAAGUGACCCCCUCGUGGUCAUUUAGUAAUUGCACGUACACACUUAAAGUAUGAAACAGGGACUCGGACUAGGCGAAAUCAUGCAAUAUCAAAGACAAAUAUAGCACUAGACCCGUCCGACUGUAUUGUAAUCUUCAAGAGAGAACGAGUACUCCGGUGGAUUAAUUAAAUAAACUCGUCUGAUCGUUGAA